AUGAAGCUCAAUAUCUUUGGUUCUCGAGGCUCCAUCGCCCGGUCGCACAAGGACCUGAUCCGCUAUGGUGGCAAUACCAGCUGUGUGGAAGUCGAGACGGACUCGACGAGGGUGGUGUUGGAUAUGGGAUCGGGCGCCUAUGACUUGGGACAAAAACUGGUCAAGUUGGGAGCGGGAGCACUCAAAGAUCAGCACGUAUUGUUGUCGCACUGUCAUUGGGACCACAUACAAGGCUUUCCGUUCUUUGCACCGCUCUUUGUACCCGGCUCGGAAUGGAACAUUUACGCUCCUGGCGGUUUCUCCUCGUCUCUCAAAGACAAGCUGUCCUCGCAAAUGAGUCACGACUUUUUCCCACUCACCAUCGAACAGCUCAAUGCGGAAAUCAACUAUCACGAUCUCAAGGAAGGACAGCUCGAUCUGGGCGAGGAUAUCCGUGUCACGACGCAGUACAUUAACCACACGGUCCUGACACUGGGAUACCGACUCGAAUGCAAGAAAACCGGAGCCAGCAUGGCGUACAUUACCGACCAUGAAAUGUACAAUCACGCACUCGCUCACGGAUAUCAACGUUCGCCAGACGGCAGUAAAUCACCCGAUGAUCGACACGCCGAUUUCUUUGCCGGUGUCGAUGUCUUGAUUCACGACACGCAAUAUGUCGCCAGCGAGUAUGCCAAGACCGAAGGAUACGGGCACAGUACGGUCGAGUACGUCGUCGAUAUGGCCAUGGCGGUGGGAGUCCGCAAACUGGCAUUGUUUCAUCACGAUCCACAACGCACCGACGAUCAAGUCGAUGAGAUUCUCGCCAUGGCACGGGCACGAGUGGCAAAAGCAGGAGGGACGUUGGAGGUAAUCGCCGCGGCCGAUUUCUCCACCAUUGAAAUUGCUCCACGACCGGAGCGUCUGCAGGCACUCGUCACUUGCAACAAGUCUUCUUCGUGGACCGAAGCUACCAAACCCAACAUUCUUCCCGAGAAACCCACCGCGAGCAGUAGUAGUAGUGCCUUGACUACAUUUGUCGAGGGCUCGAUGCAUCAGGUGGUCAUUAGUCAUUCCCAGCUAGAUUUGUUUCAGGAUCUCGAAUCCGAUGGGUUGGCGGUCAACCACAUUCCCAAGGGACGACCCUUCUUGCAGUCGUUUCGACACGCCAAACCGGCACUGAUUGUAGUCCGCUGCCAAGAUGCGACGGACGACUACGUCUUCAAGAACUGCCAACGUCUACGACAAUGUUAUGGAAACUGGGGCAAGGAAGUACCGUAUAUUGUGGUGGUGGCCAAUCAGGAGUGUUUGGAUCAUUUGCGACCAAAGGGAGAACGCGCCGGUGUCACGGACUGGGUAGUGGAACCCUUUAGCCCGGCAUAUAUUCGCACGAGGAUCCGCAUGGGCAUUGCCCGCAAUCCCUGCAAGUGGAAACCACCCAUCAAACCGUGCAAUGAACGGGCUCGUUUGAAUGCAUUGCAGUCGUUGCAAAUCUUGGACUCGAAGAAUACAGAAGAACGGUUCGAUCGCAUUACGAAAAUGUGUGCCACUGUCUUUGGUGUCCCGUUGGUCUUUGUCAGUUUGGUCGAUGAGAAUAGACAAUGGUUCAAGUCGGCACAAUGGCUGUGUCCCAUGCCACCCGGACCCACACCGAGUGAGACGCCACGAGAAGUUUCCUUUUGCGGACACACCAUUCUGCAAAAGGACUUGUUGGUCAUACCCGAUGCCACGCAAGAUGAUCGCUUUGCCGACAAUCCGUUUGUGGCGGAUGGACUCAAGGUACGAUUCUAUGCCGGUUGUCCUUUGGCAUUGCCAAAUGUUCACGAUGGAGGGGACGCAACCUACAAUAUUGGGACGCUGUGUAUCAUUGAUAUGCGACCGCGCGAUCUGGAUGAUGGACAACAGAAUUUGCUGCGGGAUUUCGGAGAAAUGAUCAAGAAUGAAAUCAUGACCCACACCCUGUCCAUGGCAUCAUCAUCUGCUACAAGCCACAAGGUGCGGCGUGCCAGCAGCAUCAAGCCCGUGGAGGCGUCCGCUGUCGCCACAGUCCCGCAUUCGCAACAUCCAGCGCGGUCAACAUAGGACACAACCAAUAAUAAAGCCAUCCCCAUAAUUAGACUAGUAACAUCAUCAUCAUCACAC